AGAGAGAGAGAAGGGGUUCGGUAGCCCUAUUGCUGGAUGAGAGGGCUUUAAGAUGGAGACUCCCAGAGAGAGGGACCGUUGGGAAUAGGUUAGGUGAUGAAGGAGGACGAAUAGAGAAAUCUAGAGAGAGAAACCAUGGGGCAACGACCAGCCUUCUUUCCAUUGGCCUUAGCACUUGCUUUGCUAGGGUUUGCAGAGGCCACGCCACCGCACGCAUCAGAGGCGCCAUCGCCGGGCAACACGACGAGGCCGACCGCCUAUGAGGUCUUGGAGAGCUACGGUUUCCCGAUCGGCCUCUUGCCGCAAGGGGUUCUCGACUAUGAACUCGAUGAGUCGACGGGCCAAUUCUCAGCCUAUUACAAUGGCACCUGCGCCUUCGCGCUCGAGGACUCCUCCUACCGGCUCAGCUACCGCCCCACCAUCUCUGGUCGCAUCUCCUACCGUCGGCUGCAGAAUCUGGAGGGUGUGAGUGUGAAGGUGCUCUUCUUCUGGCUCUCCAUCACGAGGGUGGAAUCGGACGGCCAAGAACUCUCCUUCUCAGUCGGGAUUGCAUCUACAUCGUUCCCUGUCUCCAAUUUUUAUGAGAGCCCUCAGUGUGGAUGUGGCCUGGAUUGCGUUUCUAAUCAAGCACUGCCCUCCUCUUCCUCUUCCUCUUCCUCUUCCUCUUCUUCAGUGUGAUGGACGGUGGUUUCUGAUAGGUAUGUAACUGUGGUCUAUAAAACGUAGUAGUCCAUGUAGUCACUACCUUAGUAGUCCGUGUAGUCACUACCUCUUAAUUAGAUUAUUAGACACCAUUCGGGUGCAUUUUACCUCUUUCCUUACGUUUUGAGAUGUAUGCUAUAAGACCGGUUACUUUUGGUUUGCUUUGAGGAAGAUACACGACUGGACCCAGGAGCCAACGGCUAUACCCGACUUCGGUUCGGGUUCGAAUA